GGGCUGGGCAGAGCAGAGAUCCAGGCUCCUUGGUGUCCCUCCUGGCAGCUCCUGCUCGCCCGGCUCCCUGGUGCCGCAGUGCCAGGGCCUGUGUCGCCCCGCGUGAAAGCCCCCGCUGUGUGCACAGACUAGCCAGGGCCCUGCCGGAGGCUGCAGGAUGUCUCUGCCGCUGUCGGAUUAUGAGAAAAGGAAGCAGAUUAGCGUGCGGGGCCUCGCCGGGGUGGAGAAUGUCUCCGACCUCAAGAAGAACUUCAACCGGCAUCUGCACUUCACGCUGGUGAAGGAUCGGAACGUGGCCACCCCCCGCGACUACUACUUCGCCCUGGCGCACACGGUGCGCGACCACCUGGUGGGCAGGUGGAUCCGCACCCAGCAGUACUACUACGAGAAGGACCCCAAGCGCAUUUAUUACCUGUCGCUGGAGUUCUACAUGGGCCGCACCCUGCAGAACACCAUGGUGAACCUGGGGCUGCAGAAUGCCUGCGACGAGGCCACCUACCAGCUGGGCCUGGACAUGGAGGAGCUGCAGGAGAUCGAGGAGGAUGCUGGGCUGGGGAAUGGGGGCUUGGGGCGCCUGGCAGGCCUGGAGUGGGUUGGUGAAUGCCCCAUCCUCACCUGUCCCUCCUUCCUGCAGUUCUUCGAGGGCAAGGAGCUGCGUCUGAAGCAGGAGUACUUCACGGUGGCGGCCACCCUGCAGGACAUCAUCCGCCGCUUCAAAUCCUCCAAGUUUGGCAGCCGGGACCCCGUCCGCACCUCCUUUGAUGCCUUCCCUGACAAGGUCGCUAUCCAGCUGAAUGACACUCACCCCUCCCUGGCCAUCCCUGAGCUCAUGAGGGUGCUGGUUGAUAUCGAGAAACUGGACUGGGACAAGGCCUGGGACAUCACGGUGCGGACCUGCGCCUACACCAACCACACAGUGCUGCCUGAGGCCCUGGAGCGCUGGCCCGUCCAUCUCUUGGAAACCCUCCUGCCCCGGCACCUGGAGAUCAUCUAUGAAAUUAACCAGAGAUUCCUUGAUAAAGUCAAUGCCAUGUUCCCUGGGGACUUCGACCGGCUGCGGCGCAUGUCCUUGGUGGAGGAGAGCGGCAUCAAGAGGAUCAAUAUGGCGCACCUAUGCAUCGUGGGCUCCCAUGCCAUCAACGGGGUCGCCCGCAUCCACUCCGACAUAAUCAAGAAGUCUGUCUUCAAGGAUUUCUAUGAGCUUGAGCCGCAAAAAUUCCAGAACAAAACCAAUGGGAUCACACCUCGGCGCUGGCUGGUUCUGUGCAACCCAGGGCUGGCUGAGGUCAUUGCCGAGCGUAUCGGGGACGAAUACAUCUCUGACCUCGACCAUCUGAAAAAGCUUCUGGCCUACGUGGACGAUGAGGGAUUUAUCCGGGACGUUGCCAAAAUUAAACAGGAGAACAAGUUGAAGUUCGCUGCCUAUCUGGAGAAGGAGUAUAAGGUGAAAAUCAACCCGAACUCCCUCUUCGACGUGCAGGUGAAAAGGAUCCAUGAGUACAAGAGGCAGCUGCUCAACUGCCUCCACGUCAUCACCCUUUACAACCGGAUCAAGAAGGACCCCAACCAGCAUUUUGUGCCCCGGACUGUCAUGAUCGGCGGCAAGGCCGCCCCUGGCUACCACAUAGCCAAGAUGAUCAUUAAGCUGGUCACAGCAAUUGGGGAUGUCAUCAACAACGACCCCAUCAUCGGCGACCGCCUCAAGAUGAUCUUCUUGGAGAACUACCGCGUCUCCCUGGCUGAGAAGGUGAUCCCAGCGGCCGACCUGUCCGAGCAGAUCUCCACGGCCGGCACAGAGGCCUCGGGCACCGGCAACAUGAAGUUCAUGCUGAAUGGGGCGCUGACCAUUGGCACCAUGGACGGCGCCAACGUGGAGAUGGCAGAGGAGGCGGGCGAGGAGAACUUAUUCAUCUUCGGCAUGCGGGUGGAAGACGUGGAAGAGAUGGACAGGAAAGGCUACUGUGCCAAGGACUAUUACGACCGCAUCCCGGAGCUCAGACAGGUGAUCGACCAGCUGAGCAGCGGCUUCUUCUCCCCCAAACAGCCCCAGCUCUUCAAGGACAUUGUCAACAUGCUGAUGAACAAUGACAGGUUCAAAGUGUUUGCGGAUUACGAAGCCUACAUCAAAUGCCAGGAGAAUGUCAGCGCCCUCUACAAGAACACCAAGGAAUGGACCAAGAAGGUCAUUAAAAACAUCGCCACCUCGGGCAAGUUCUCCAGCGACCGCACCAUCGCGCAGUACGCCCGUGAGAUCUGGGGCGUCGAGCCCACCCACCACAAAAUCCCUGCGCCUGAUGAUCCCCGUGAAUAGCCCCCCUGAGGCCUGCCUGACCCUGCCCCCCGUCACCAACCAAGCUCCACCGGGUGCCAGCAAACAACAGACACUGCACUGGCUUCCCCCAGAUGCUCAGCAUGUCCCCCAUUGUGUGUGUGGACCUUCCCCCCUCUCUGUGUGGGGGAUCCCCCCUGCACCCCACCCAGGGAGAACUGGCCACUACUUCCUGCCUCUGCCUAGCUGAGGAUAAGCAGAGGGACAUUUGGAUUCCUGUCCCUUCCUUCUCCCCGCCCCCCAAUUCCAUAGGGUUGGGGGAUGAAGAAACCCAGAGAAAAGGGAUGCAGGGGGUUAACUUCCCCCUCCCUUCCCCCCAUAACAUGCUAUUUAUUUAAGGGUGAGAAAUUCCCCCCCAUUAUAACCCCCCACCCAACCCACUUAGGGGGUGAACACCCAGCUAUAUUUUGGGGCACACCCGUUCUGUAGGUUAAAAUCCCAUGGUCACCCAUCUACUAACAAGGCAGAAGGUGUGACAGUUCCCUAGGGGGAGGGAGGGGAGGCGUGGGAGUUGUCCUUCACAGGCCCCCAGCACUGUGACCCUCUUUCUAGCGCACCAUUUUUGCACCCCACUCCACCCCCCCCUUUGCGUGUGAUUAUCUGGGGUGGGGUGCCCUGCCUCUGCUACCCUGAUGUGGUUUUAAAUUUGGGGGGAUCAGUCCCCACCCACUGGUGACUUAUAAAAUAAACAGAGUCACUCCACCCACCCCCACCAGCUUACAUCUCUGUUCAUACAUCCGUCCUCCCGCCCCGCAUUUCCCCCUUAGGCGGUCUCAGUGCCUGGUGCUAACCCCCACAUAGCCCAUUGCUACAACUUGGAGCAUUGUGUGUUGUUUUUUUCCUUCCUGGUUUGUGGGAAGCCGGUGGGCGUGGGUGCCAGGACUCCUGGGUUCCAUCCCUAUUGCUGUACCUCAGUGAAUACUGUUUUUCCUGGGCCAUGAGACUCCUAUCCUACAGCCAAUAGAACCCGGAAUACGUCCUGCCAUAUACUUGCUGACUGUUUAGGGGGCAUUUAUGUUUAUUAUUUUUAGGGGUCCUUUAUAACUUAUGGCAGGGAAUCUGUGCAAAUACCCUGUGACUUUCAACUCUUAAUGUGGGACAGGGGGAAUGGAACAGGCUGGGGAUUUGUUGGUAAUUUUAAUGAUAACCCCAUAUGUGUGUGUCUCAGCCACCGCCCGCACUGGGCUGGGAGUCCUAGGAGCUGUGGGGUAUGCUGCUCUACCCACCACUUUCCCCAGCUGUGGAGGGUCUGGGGCUGUGAGCCAGCAAUAAAGAUGACACUCAACACUC